AUGGAAUCGUUAUUGAGACAUAUGCAACAACAAGCCGAGAGGGCUUCCAUCCCGGCAAAUGCCAUAGAGAUCCGAGCGUUGGCCCACGUUACCAGACGAGCUCACGACCAGCUCGAGGCGGACUACCGCAAGUUGAGGGCCGACUAUCACAGCCGACAUCGAGCCCUUCGUCAACGCGAGGAAGAAGUCUCUGGGCGGCAGGCCGUGCAGGAUGCUCUGCGCGGUCUGGGUGCCACCCUGACAACUGUCCAGUCCGGCCUCGGCUCGGCACUUAGUGGUUGGGUGGCGAGCUAUGAGGCCAUGAGCAGGGCAUCGCGCAUCAUCGAGGCAGACAGGACCCUCGUCGACGCCGAGCUCGGGGAGCUGCGACGGUUGAGAGAAGAAGCGCUCCAGAGGGACAACAGGGCAACCUCCGCGCUCCAGGACCUGGAGCGACGGCUCGAGGAUGCAGAGGCUCGUGAGGCGCGGCUGCAGGAGGAGAAGACGGCGGCGGUAGAUGAGGCGGCCGCCAAGACCACCGUGGUCCAGGACCUACAGCAACGCCUCGCCGAUGCAGAGACUCGCGAGGCGCGGCUGCAGGAGGAGAAGGCUAAGGCGACAAAGGAGACGGCCGCCAAGGCCACCGUGGUCCAGGACCUGCAGCGACGCCUCGCCGAUGCAGAGGCUCGUGAGGCGACGCUGCAGCAAGAGAGGACCGCGGCGUCGGAGGAGGCGGCCACCAAGGCCACCGCGCUCGAGGACCGCGACGCGGUCAUCACGGGCCUGCAGAGACGGCUCACCGACGCAGGGGCUGAUCAAAAGCGGCUGCAAGAGGAGGCGGCCGCCCAGGCCACCGCGCUCGGCGUACGCGACCAAGAUGUCGCGAGGCUAGAGGGGCAGGUCAAGGCCAUCGCCGACGACCGAGCUGCCGCGGUGGAUGAGCUGCGACGGGUCAGAGAAGACAAGGCGACGGGCGACGCCGAGGCGGCCUCGGCGCUCAAGGCGCGCGACGAUCAAGUCGCGAAGCUCAGGGGCGAGGUGCACAAGGCCAGGGGCGAGCUGGACAAGGCCAGGGGCGAUGCGAAUGCCGAGUCGUCCGAGCUGCGGCGCCUCAAGGACCAAGCGGUAGCAGACGCGACCGCGUCAAAGGCCGAGGCGCGGCAGCUAAAGAGAGAGGUCGACGUGGGCAAGGCGCUCUUGGAAGCGGUCAGGGGCGAGCGCGAUGUCCUCGUGGAGUCUCUGCAUCAGGAGCGUAGCAACGCCGAGACGACGCGGCGAGCGGUGGACGAGGCCGCGCGGUCUCGUGAGGCCAUGGACAGCUCGCAUGCCGAGGAUAUCGCAGCCCUUCAAGGGCAGCUCAACGCAAAGGCCUUGGAGCUGCUGCACGCCGAGCGCAGGGAGAAUUCCGCCGUGGUCAGGGGACAGCACCUCGAAGACGAGCUCGUCGAGAGCAGGUCCGCCGUCGACGAUGCCGAGAAGCGGGUCAAGGAGCUCCUUGCCGCGGCCGAGCAGACGUCGGAGGAUCUGCGCGAGGCGCAUCGGGCCAUCAAGGACCUCAAGACCGCCGCGAAGGCGAGCCACGAGGCGUACGGCAUAAAGAACGAUGCCGCCACCAGGUGGGAAGGCAGGGCAACGUUGCUCGAGCAGAAGCUGGAAACAGCCAGGGGGGACGCCAACGUGGCCGAGGGCCGCUGCAGCGAGCUGCAGAAGCAGCUCGACGAGGAACGCCGGCAGAAGAGCGUCGCCGAGCAGGGGGCACGCGACGCCGGCGUGGCGGGGGUCGAGGCGAUGCUCCGGACCAGCCUCGAGCGGUUCAUGUCGUCGGUCCCGGACACGGCUAGGGUCCGGGCCGUCGAGGGCAGCCUGCUGGCCGCCCAGGACGAGAACAACAUGCUCGAGGCGCAGCUGAACGAGGCGGCACGCCUCCGCGAGGAUGCGGCCAACACCGCGGCCCAGCUCGAGGUCCGGGUCGGCGAGCUCGAGGCGGAGAACCAGGGGCUCCUGCAGCACGUGGAGGAACAAACGGCGAGGCCGCCGUCGCCGCGCCCACGCAAAACGACCCCCAACGCAAGCGCGCGCGGCAGUUGA